UAAUUACGACAUUGAAGCAGCGGAAAGAAAUUUUUGAUGAAUAUUGUAAGGAGCGAGUUGUGGAAGUGAGAGCCGAAAAGAUCAAUAAAGCCAAAAAUUUAACUGCCAAAGAUGAGUAUUUAAAACUUCUCGAAGAAGAAACAUCUCACCGUUCUCAUUGGGAUUCCUUUAGAAAAAGGUUUAAAAGAGAUCCGAGAUUCAAAAAUUUUUCUGAUGACAAGGAAAGAGAAAAGGUAUUCCGUAAGCAUAUCCAUGAAUUAAAAGAGAUGGAAGCAGAACGUAAAAGAAUACAACAGAAAAAGGCGCAGGAUGAUUUUAUGAAGCUUCUGAGAGAAAUAAGAGAAAUAAAGCCUGAUUCCAGUUGGCGCAAAGUAAAACGGUUAAUUGAUGAAGAUCCACGAUAUAUUGCAGUCCAAUCGUCAAGCCUGAGAGAAGAAGAAGAAGCUAGCUUAAAGAAUAGAGAAGCUCAAGUGAGAAGUGAAAGGCGGUAUCAGAAUUAUGAUAGGAAUUCUGCAAAAAGGAAAGCGAUGCGCGAUAAGUCUAUUCUUGAAUUCCAAACUUUAUUAAUUGAUUUAGUGCGGACGCAUGAGACCACAUGGGACGGAAAGAAACAUAGUCUAGAGCAUGACCCUCGUUUCCAUGGUGAAGGCCUCGAAGAUAAUGAUAGAGAACGCCUUUUUAAUGAACAUACUGAGGAUCUAUACCAAAAGCGCCUAAAAUCAUAUCAUCAACUUCUUAGCCAACAUGUAAAAUUAGACACUACGUGGAUUGAGAUUCAGCCAGUUAUCAAAGAGGAUCCACGUGCAGUACGGCUUUCAAAGAAUGAAGCUCUUUUGGAGGAAUUGUUUGACAAAUACUUGGCUAGAGAGAUUGAAAAGGCUAAAAAAGAAUUUUUAGAACUCUUGAAAGAAAAUCAAUUUAUAGAAUAUAGGACGCGCAUGGUUCAAUUAUCAGAAAAUGGAGCAAAAGAUGAGACAGGCGCAGAGAAGGAAAAAGCUCGUGGGUUAACUAAAGAGGAAAUUCAUGAUGUGCUCAAGGAGGAUAAUCGAUAUUUGGUUUUAAACCAUAUGCCUGAAGUCCGUGAUGAAUUCAUUACGGAAUAUUUAAAUAAUUUUGAAGCUCCAAAAAUGACU